AUGACUUUAGUUCUAUUGGGACAAGAAACAAUUGCGGGUGGAGAUAGCAGCGAAAGCAGUGAAAGCAGUUCAGAACCAGAUUUAGGCUGUACCCGAAAAGUUGACCUAUGCAGAAAACUAAACUUUCAAGAUUGCAGUCCAUUUGUUUAUUACAUGUCAGGAGAAUUCUGUGAUAAAAGGUUUGUGGAAAAGUUCUUGUCGGCAAAGACAGAAGGAGAAAAUGAGUGCACAGCAUAUUCUAAAGAAAAUUGUAAAGGUGAAUCUGCUGCUAUACCUCAAGCUGAUAAAUCUGACAAAUCUGAUCCAUCUGAUCAACCUGCAAAGAUUGAUUUCGAAAUAAAAUCAAUUACUAACUUUAAACAGAGUUGCUACAUUUUCAAAGCAAAAAUUAGAUGUCCAAUAAAAUUGGAUUUUUUGUCAUUUGAAGAAGAUUAA